UCGGUCGUGUCAGCGCGCUGCUGCUGCUGCUGCUGCUGCUGCUGCAGGAUGUGUCGCUGCAGCGUCCCACGCUGAUAACACACACUGCUGCAUUUCACAUGAGAUGCAAACUCACUUCCUUCAGUCCGCUCAGACACACACACACACACACACACACACACACGGAGGCUAGAGGCUACAGCUCACCCAGAGGGAUCAGAGGGAAAUCAACGGGAGGAAAACUUCUGGGCAGUCGGUGUGUGUGAGCAGGCUGGAUGCGAUGUGUGUGUGAGAGCUCGCUGAAGGUUUCAGCGCAGUUUGAUCUCAACAUCUCAACCUGCGACAACAGGAAACGAGAGGGAGAGAAAGAAAGAGCGCCAGGGACAGAAGUGAAACCUGCGUCGAUGAAGCUUCGACCUCGCCAUGCUCCUGGACUGCCUGAACUGAGGUGAUGGAGAGUCCACAGUCGUCCACGGUGAGGCGGCGAGCCUGGAUCAACAGCAGCCGGCAGUGGCCCACUCUGGAGCCCCUGGACCCUGAAGGGCCGCCGUGCAGCCUCCCCUCUGCCUCUAUAGCAGACGACGACGUCUUUUCUGACGGAUGCUUCACAGGAAAGAUCGAGAACUGGCUCCUGGGUUGUGGGUCGGAGGCCCGCUCAGAAAACUUUGCUCAGCUGAGUUUUGAGUCUGUGCUGAAAGGCCACCACUGUGAUGAUGAGCUGGGUCUUGGUGCUGAUGCUUCUGUGUUAAAUGGUGGAGAAGUUACACCUGAGGCUGACCUCGCCCAGUAUCCUCCAGGUCACAGCAGACUCACCAGCACCCCCCGUCAGGCGCUAUGUCUGCCGAUGGUGAACUUGGGCCACAGCAUGGCCUCCAGCUGCCUCUCCUCCUCCACCUGCAAAACUACAUCAAGCAUAUCAGAGGUCCUGCAGAUGUGUUCGGAGGAUGCGGAGGAGACUCUGUAUGAGCUGGGCUUCGGCAGCGAUGAGCCACAGGUCACGGUUCGAAUCCCUCCUCGCUUCUUCACCUUCCCCUCCCUGGCCGAGGGCAUCAACUUCCGCCUCUUCCUGGACUCCCAGCUGCGGCGGAUACGAGAGGAAGACCCCAGCCUUUCCCUCGCCAGUCGUUUCAGACAGGUGCAAGUGCUCACGGCGAUGGCCAACGCUUUCUACUCCCUCUACUCCCAUGUGUCGCGCACUCCCCUGCAGAAACUGGCCACACCGGAGUUCAGCUUCUCGUCCCCCGUGGAGAGGAUCGAGCGCUUCAGGAGCACCGUUCGCAGCGAGCCCCGGUCGCCUGUCGAGAGGCUGAAGGACACCGUCUCCAAGAUGUGUCUCUACACGGGCUCUCCUCGCGGGUCAGACUCCACCUCUCCGCAGCCAUCGCCCCAAAAAAGGUCCAGCCUCCCCGAUGUUGUAGAUAUAGUCCUGGAGAAAGUCAAGAUCGGGGUGAGCAAGAAGCUGGAUUUGGGGGAACGUAACAAGGGUGAUUUAGAUGCGGAUGUGAGCCCCACCAUGGAUGGUGAUAAAUCAUGUGGCACUGGGAAGGAGGAGCAAACACAGCAGACUGUGGUGGACACAGAACCUCUUCAAAGUGGAAAUCAAAACUGUGAGAUGCAAGACGGUCAGCAAACAGAUAAUGUCCGUGCUGAUGACAAAGGCGUCAGAGCGGCAGAUCUCGACAGCGGGACUUACAGAACAUCCCUGGCGUCGUCGUUGUCGGGAGAAACUGUGAUAGAAAAAGAUCAUCGGCUUCUUGCGCGUCAGCCAGAGCUGGACUCAACUCAGAGCCACACGGAGACGGCACAUCUAAAACCAGUUGCCAAGGUUACGUAUGAUCUAAUCUGCCCGCAGAUAGUCGAGAGCACACACCAGGCGCCUUUCAGCACGCGUUGUCCGAAAACAAACACUCCCAUCUCCUCGGUGACAGAAAGCAUAGACAGAUCAUGUCCUGGAUCGCAAGCUGCUGCCUCUGAGGCCUCACACUCAGGUGCGUCAGCAUCACUUCCUGUCAUGGCCUCCGACAGUGGCUUCACCCAGUGCUACAUCACUGUCACGAGCUCAGAGGGUGAAGCGCCGGAUUCCACUCCUGCUUGGACCGUCCCACCCGUCCUGACGUGUGAGGAGCCAAUAAGUGAGGGGUACCUGAAGCCACUGACACAACAGGGCCCGGGGCAAGUUUCCUCUAACCUGCAACAAGUCAACUCCUUUGAGCUGGAGGAGGUGCAUAGUGCAGGAGAGGAAGAUUUUGGACAAACAACCUACCAGUUCACUGAAAAACAUCAGUACAAAGGUGAAGUUAUCCGUGGCGACAGCAUGCAGUCAGACAGCAGCGGCUACGCUGACGAGGAAGUCGGCCUCACACACAGCAGAUGACAGAUGAAGACGUGUCAAUAACAUUUUAUCGCCUGUGGAAGUUUUUCCUGCACUGACGAUUCGAGUUUCUGUGACUAAGUAUUUGGAAAAUGCAUCCAAGCAAGGGCCUCCAGUAAAACAGGCCCUGAAGAUUGAAAUCUCAUGGUACUGGGUCACACGUGACACUUUCAAAGGCGACGUACACCGAAGAAGCUUUUGUUUCCCAGUGUGAACUGUUUCUGCUCAGAGCUCUUACUGAAAACACAAUCUUGUAAAUAAUUGAACAUAAAACUAUUCUCCUAGGUCUUUAUGAAAUAUUGUGUGGAUGUUAUGUUAUUAUGCCACUGUAAGGCAUCUUAUUUAUUUAGUUCUUGUAAACUUUAGCAGAGGAGCAUUAGGAGCCAUCUUGACUUCUUGACAAACUGGUAUGGUUUGUGUACGGCCCAGGACGGGAAGGCUCUACAGCGGGUGGUUUAAACCGCCCAGAGCAUCACUGAUACCAAUGUACAGAGGUGAGGUGGGAUGUCUGCACAGAGCCAAACGGAUGCUAAAAGCACCAGUCUGUAGUAUCUGCCACCAGAAUAUCGAGCAGCUUCAUUCCCCACACUCUUCAAAUUAUCAUCAACACUCAAUUAAAUGAACUAUUUUUGUGUCUGUGUGAAUAUAGCACAAAACAAAAUCAAACGUAGUUUCUUUGGUGUUGUAAAAAUGAUAAAUAAAUGUACUUUGAACCUUUAUUUA